GGACCAAAGUUCUGGGGUAUUUUUUUCUUUCUCCAGAAAGGUUGACGGGAAGGUCUGUUUUGGUCUACAUAUACCCACAGUAAGAGGAGGAUCAAAGCAAGGAAGGAAGCGUCAUGCCAAAAUCAGACUAUCAGUACGAAGAGGGUACGUUUGACGUCACACCCGAGAUAAAGCGUGACUUCGACGAGAAUGGCUACGUCAUCAUCAGGGGUGUCCUGAGUAAGCAGGAGAUUUCCAAACUUCGCCAGGCGUUGGAGUUGGAGGACGGAGUGAAGAAACACUCGUACGAGAUUCCGGACGGGUCUGGCAAGAACAUCCGGCUCUGCAUCUGGAGACACCCCGGAAAUGACGUCACAGCGAUGAUAGCCAGGAUGGAGAAAACCGCUGGAUUCAUGGGAAAGUUCCUGGGAGGUGAGGUGUACCAUCACCACUCUAAACUAAUUCAGAAGGAACCGUACACUGGCGGACAGUUCAGCUGGCACCAGGACUAUGGGUAUUGGUACAAAAAUGGCUGCCUCUUCCCGGACAUGGCGUCUUUCCAUCUCGCCGUUGAUAAAGCAGACAGGGAGAACGGGUGCAUGCAGAUUCUGCCAGGUUCGCACAGGUUGGGCCGUAUUGACCACACGUUUGUAGGCGGGCAGCAGGGAGCAGACCUGGAGCGGGUCAACCACGUCAGGAAGCUGUUCGACCUGGUUCACCUGGAACUGGACGAAGGCGACGCCUGCUACUUUCACAGCAACCUGCUGCACUGCAGUGGCCAGAACAACUCCGCUAGGCGGCGCUGGGCCAUCGUCACCGCCUUCAACCGCGCCAGUAACAACCCCGUACCCGAGGAGUCCCACCCCUGGCCUCUGUACACACCGAUACAGAUGGUUCCGAAUGACGCGUUGCUGAAAUGCGAGAAUUUCACAGACCUGAGCGGCAAGGCAUUCGUGGACCCCACCACCGACAAGAACGUCAAGAUCGACACCAACUCGGUCCAGAAGUAACUCAUCUGUAUCUGUAUCGAUAUCAGUAUAACCUGUAUAACCGCCCUUCGGCGUCACACACCAUCUUCGCAGGCACGCGGCGCGGCGACAGCUAGCUACAUGUAUAUCACACUGGACGACUUUAAUUCUUGUGAUGAUGCGCCAACUGUGGUUGGUGGCAAUCGGUUCCACUCUACGAUAGUUCUUGAAAAAUACAAGUUUUUGAACACCUCAAUUCUUGCUUAAUAACUCUGAUAUUUGAAGGCAUGGCUGUUUCUUGUUCUUUUCUGGGCCUUUCUAGGCAUUCAGGAUAUGCUGUUCUGAAAUGGGAAGCUUCUACUU